GCUUUCUGACUUCGCUAAGGACCUUAGUAAACGAAAGUUAAGAGCGUAUUCAUCAUACAAAAGUCUUAAAGAAGUGUUGAGAAAAUUUGGACUAGAUAGUGAUGGUACCGAAUCAAUUCCACUGUUCAAAAUAGAUUCUGAUAAGCAUUUCGCACAUUGCAUGGCAGAAAUUAUGGUCAGGCUAAAAAAUUAUGGGUCAUUGGCUGUGGAUAGUUUAGAAGCCAUGCGUAAUGAAUUUGUCAUGGCAAUUCUCCAUACUGCUCUCAAUAUUGCUAAAGACGAUACGCAAAAAAAAUUUAGUAUGAGACCUCAGUAUGAAAUUGUUGGAAACGAAAGUACUGGGCGAGUGGAUUACGCGAUUAAGGUAA